AUGACGACUCUCUUGCUAGGUGGUCGAGGCAAGACCUCCCGCCGAAUCGCCUCUCUGCUGCAUGCCGCCAACGCCCCUUUCCUGGUCGCCUCGCGCUCCGUGGACCUCAACUAUCCGCACAAGCAGGUGCAUUUCGACUGGCUGGACGAGAAAAGUUACGAGACUCCGUUUAGUCAUGUCGCAGCCGACGGGAUGCAGCCGAUCUCAACGGUGUACCUAGUGCCACCGCCGGUGUUCGAUCUUGCGCCGCCGAUGCUCCGAUUCAUCGAUUUUGCGCGUCCCCGGGGAGUCCGGCGGUUCGUGCUGCUCAGUGCAAGCACAAUAGACCUAGGUGGUCCUGCGAUGGGUCAGAUGCAUGAGUAUCUAGCCAAGCUGCUCGAUAUUGAGUAUGCGGUACUCAGACCAACGUGGUUCAUGGAAAACUUUUCUGCUCCCCAGGAGUAUCAAUAUCUGGCCAUCAAGAACGACAACAAAUUGUAUUCUGCGACGGGGAAUGGCAAGAUUCCAUUCGUCUCAGCCAAUGACAUUGCUCGAGUCGCCUUCAAGGCCCUGACGGAUCGAAUUCCGCAUAACACAGAUCAUAUCAUUCUCGGAUCUAAAGUUCUCACUUAUGAUCAGGUGGCAAUGAUUCUUUCGUCUCAUCUGGGGAGAGAGAUCUCGCACACGGAUCUUUCCGAGGCCGAACUCGCCAAACGGCUCGAAUCAACUGGAAUGCCCCCAGAAGAUGCGAUGAUGCUAGCGGGUAUGGACACCAUGAUUAAGGGUGGUGCGGAGGACCGAUUGAAUGAUGUAGUCCGCGAGGUGACGGGCGUCGGUCCGAGGACUUUUGAGAAUUUUGUGGCGAAAAACAAAGAAUGCUGGCUGUGA